AUGAACGGCUACGAUUCCAUCCUUCCCGCUCUAGAGCAGAAGCUCGAGUCUUUUCGCCGCUCCGACCAGGAGCGUGAUGCUCUCUUACAGGAAAUCGUGCGCCAGUAUGAGCAGCUUAAAAUGGCAUUCAACGAGAAGUGCGGCGACUUCGACAACGAGGUACAAGCGCGUAGAUAUUGGCAGCAGCAGUUCUCCGAAGCCAGCCGAGUCCUUGCUAUGACCCGCCAGCAAGCAGACAAUUCGCCCUUCGUUCUAGCCUUAAUCGACGGCGACGGUGCCGUCUUCACCGAGGCCCUACUGCGCGCUGGCGCCGACGGCGGCUCCGAUGCCGCCCACAAACUUCACAGUGAAAUAAGGAACCACAUAUUGGAUGUUUAUGAGGGCAGCGCCGGCAGCUGGUCUAUCAUGGUGCAUAUCUAUGCCAACCUCGAAGGCUUAAGCAGGAAGUUAGCCUCGGUAGGCAUCAUCAAAUCGCCCCAGGAGCUGCAUGUUUUCGCCCGUGCCUUUAGCUUGCACCAGCCGCUGUUCAAUUUCAUCGACGUCGGCAGCGGCAAGGAGAGGGCCGACCACAAGAUUAAAGAAAUGAUGCGUGUGUUCAUCUCCAACAUUCAGUGCAAGCACAUAGUUUUUGGCGGAUGCCACGAUAAUGGUUAUCUUCCUAACCUUGAUCCUUACAAGCACGAUCCCACACUCGCCAACCGUAUUACCCUGUUGGAAACCACGCCUGCGACGGCUGGCUUUAUUUCGCUUAAGUUCAAGACUGUGAACUUCACCUCCGUCUUCAGAUCGGAUGAGCUUCCAGAAACUCGUCCGAUGGUGCAACCUCUGCCACCUGCUCCGGUCAAAACAGUUUCUCCCGUGCAAACCGUUGUUUCCCCGCAAUCGGCCACGUCUCCGUCUAGUAAUGGACUUCGCAGCGGAACACCUGUCACGACGUCGUCUUCGUGGGCUACGGUUGGAAAGUCGGGAAUGACCAGCAAGAGCAUCUCGAUCGCGCCUGCGAAGCCGAAGGAGAAGAAGUUUGUUUAUCUCAACGCCUAUGACCAGCGUGUCGACGAGAAGCUCGCCAAGGUUGAGCGUGGUGCUCUAGAGCGGUUCCACGCCAAGAUCGCAAAGCAGAAGAUGUGCAACGAAUACCAUUUGAAGGGCGCCUGCACCUUAGGUCCUAGUUGUCCGUACGGCCACGGCGAGAAGCUCAGCCCCGUGGAUCGUCUCGCUUUGCAGCACAAAGCCAGGAAUAUUCCGUGCACUUUCCUGAGCGAUUGCCGUGAGGUCAACUGCUACUAUGGCCACAAUUGUCCUUACGAUGAAUGUACCCGUGGUGACAACUGCUACUUUUCCAUGACACACGACAUGGAUAGGGUUCCAAGGAUGAAAAUGUUCGAAGACGGUACUAUCGACAUCCUCAAUUAA